GUCAGUCGAACCAGUCCGCUCGGCUCGCGCUCAGCUCGGGAUCCCGUCCGGAGCAACAUGCAGGAUGGCGAGCGUGGAGACAGCCGCCGAGCACGAGCGCAUCCUGCGCGAGAUCGAGAGCACCGACACCAACUGCAUCGGGCCGACCCUCCGGUCGGUGUACGACGGUCAGGAGCAUGGCCUCUUCAUGGAGAAGCUGGACGUGCGGAUCCGGAACCACGACCGCGAGAUCGAGAAGAUGUGCAACCACCACUUCCAGGGGUUCGUGGACUCCAUCACGGAGCUGCUCAAAGUACGAGGCGAGGCGCAGAAGCUGAAGAGCCAGGUGACUGAGACCAACAGGCAUCUCCAGGAUGACGGCAAGGAGCUCAUGGGCUCCAUGGAGGAGCUGCAGAAGUGUCGAGUGCAGCAGAGGAACAUGGCGUCCACCAUAGACAAGCUGUCGCACUGCCUACCAGUCCUGGAGAUGUACAGCAGGCUUCAGGAGCAGAUGAGGGCCAAAAGGUACUACCCUGCGCUGCGGACGCUGGAGCAGCUGGAGCACACGUGUCUUCCCAGAGCGGGUCAGUACCGGUUCUGCUCCAUCAUGGCGGAAAACAGCCCCAAGCUGAGGACGCAGAUCCGGGACACGGCGAUGACGCAGCUGAGGGACUUCCUGGAGAGCAUCCGGAAACACUCCGACAAGAUCGGAGAGACCGCCAUCAGACAGGCUCAGCUGCAGCGCUCGUUGGACAGCUCCGUCUCCUCGCAGUCGAGGAGGGGCCUGAUUGGCCGACGCGGCAGGAAGGAGGCGGCGGCGGUGGAAGGGGCGGGGCCGGACAGCGGCGGGCAGGGCGGCAGUCCGGCGUCGGAACAGGACUCUGGCAUUCUGGAUGUGGGGGAUGAAGAGGAGGAGGAGGAGGAGGACGAAGUCCCAGGAGCUCAGGACCUGGUGGAUUUCUCCCCAGUUUACUGCUGUCUGCACAUCUACACUGUACUGGGUUUGCGUGAUGUGUUUGAGAACUACUACAGAAAGCAGAGGAGGAAACAGGCUCGCCUCGUGCUGCAGCCCCACUCUAACAUGCACGAGACUCUGGAGGGGUACCGGCGCUACUUCAAUCAGAUCGCGGGCUUCUUCGUGGUGGAGGACCACGUCCUUCACACCACCCAGGGGUUGGUCAACCGGGCGUACGUGGAGGAGCUCUGGGAGUUGGCGCUGUCCAAGCUCAUCGCCGCCCUGAGGACGCACUCCUCGUACUGCGACAACCCCGACCUGGUGCUGGACCUGAAGAACCUCAUCGUGCUGUUCGCCGACACGCUGCAGGGGUUCGGCUUCCCGGUGUCGCAGCUGUUCGACAUGCUGCUGGAGAUGAGGGAGCAGUACGGGGAGAUCCUGCUCAAGAGAUGGAACGUCACCUUCAGGCAGGUGUUGGACCAGGACAACUUCAGCCCCAUCCCGGUCUCCACAGAAGAGGAGUACAAACACUACACCUCCCAGUUCCCCGUGCAGGACCCCGAACUGGACAAGCUGCCCUUCCCCAAGAAGCUGCCCUUCUCCCAGUUUGUGCCGAAGGUGUACAGCCAGCUGAAGGAGUUCAUCUACGCCUGCCUGAAGUACUCUGAGGACCUGCAUCUCAGCUCCACGGAGGUCGACGAUAUGAUCCGCAAGUCCACCAAUCUGCUGUUGACCAGAACCCUCAGCCACUGUCUGCAGUACGCCAUUAAGAAGAAGAAUGUGGGGCUGGCAGAGUUGGUGCAGGUGAUCAUAAACACCACCCACCUGGAGCAGAGCUGCCACUUCCUGGAGGAGUUCAUCUCCAACAUCACCAACGUGCCGCCCGACUCGGCGAACGCCACCAAACUGUACGGCACCUCCACCUUCAAGGACGCUCGCCACGCGGCCGAGGCGGAGAUCUACACCAACCUCAACGCCAAGAUCGACCAGUUCCUGCAGCUGGCCGAUUACGAUUGGAUGGCCCCGGUGCCGGGAGGCGGAUCCCUGGAGGCCAGCGACUACCUGAUGGACCUGAUCGCCUUCCUGAACAGCACCUUCAGCGUCUUCACCAACCUGCCCGGUAAAGUGGCCCAGACGGCCUGCAUGUCGGCCUGUAAACACAUCUCCACCUCCCUGACGCAGCUCCUGCUCGACCCGGAGGUCAGACAGAUCUCCCUGGGAGCUCUGCACCAGCUCAACGCUGACGUCAAGGAGUGCGAGGUUACUGGAGCUGUUCACGCUCUGGGAUUGGUCCACCUACCUGGCCGAUUACGGCAAAGCCACCUGCAAAUACCUGAGAGUGAACCCACACACCGCCCUGGCCCUGCUGGAGAAGAUGAAGGAGACGAGCCGGAAGAACAACGUCUUCGCCCAGUUCAGGAAGACGGACCGCGACCGGCAGAAACUCAUCGACGCCAUCAUCAAACAGCUACGCAACCUCAUCGCACAGCACCACACCUAGAGGAGCGGAGGAGCCGCCUGAUUGGCCGGCUCCACCGGGAGGGGAGGGAGGGGAGGGAGGGAGGGGUUGAACGCUUGCUGCGUGAAUAUUACGAAUUAUCAUCUCAUGGUUUUUUUUUUUGUUUUUGUUUUUUCGUGGAAUUCGUUAAAAAAAAAAUAUAUAAAAUCUUCAUCUUACAUUUUUUUUUUCUUCAAGCUGAAGAUUCAUGAACGACAACAUUUCAUGAUAAAUAAAUCGUAUUUGUCAAGAAAGCCGGAAAAGCACUGAAAUCGAGAUCAAGUCUAGUAAUUAUAUUGGUGGCGAAUAAACUGAACUGUCUAAAAAGGGGCAUAUCCACCCAACAUGGCAACCCAUAUUUCCCUCUGGACAAACCACCUGCGUACACUUGGCAACCCAUUGCUGCACUUUCAGUAAAAACCUUAUUUGGG